AUGAGUUGCGAUAAACUGGAGCCAUCCCCGGACAUAAUCGAAGAGAGCGUGAAACACCUCAAAGAAUGGAUGGCGAAAGAGCCCCACCUCCCGACCAUCGAAGACGAGGAGUGGUUGAAAACCUUCUUCUACAACAACAAAUUCAGUUUAGAGAAGACCAAAGCCAAGUUAGCCGCGUACUACACCCUGAAAAACGAGUACCCCGACAUCAUGAAAAACAGGGACCCCCGCUCCCCGGCCCUCCAGCAAGCAAGGGAGGCCCUGAUGACGUGCAUAUCCCUCGAGAGAACCUCCGACGGGUACACCAUGAUCUACAACAAAUUCAGCGCCGAUCCUGAAGCCCUGGACUGGAGAAGCUACGCGAAGAGGGUAUUAAUGCUAGCGGACGCUAUGCAUUUGGAGAAAUUCAGACUUCGGCCCUGCAUUGUGAUCACCGAUUGCCAGCACCUCAAUUACCGGCAUAUCCUGAAGAUGCCGCCACAUGUAGGUUCGCUCGGGAUCAUUCUCAAUGGUGCCUAUACCGAGAGAGUGAAGGCGUUUCAUUUGAUCAACGCGCCUCCCUUCGUUUAUAAGAUGGUGGAGCUGGUGAAGCGCUACCUGCCGGCCAAGAUGGGGAACCGGGUUCAGGUUCACGCGAUGGGGGAUGAACUCAUCAUGAAAUCGCUGGAUCACGAGGUUCUGGUCAGGGAUUAUGGGGGUAAUGGCCCUAGUUUGGCUGAAGUUGACGAUCACUGCCAACAAAUACUGGAGAAACACAGAGCAUGGUUCCUUGAGCAAGACAACGUGUGCGCGGAUACAUCUAUAAAAACCGGUCCUUACAAUCCUGAUGAAAUGAGAGGCUCCUUUAGGAGGCUUAACAUAGAUUGA